AUGGUCUAUGAAGACGGUUUUCGAACCAGUGGUGUCUACACUAUCGACCCUGAUGAUGCUGGAGCCUUUGAUGUGUACUGUGACAAAAAAACAGCCGGUGGCGGAUAUACUGUGUUCCAAAAGAGACUGGACGGCUCGGUAGAUUUCUAUUGCGGCUGGGACGACUACAAACGAGGCUUUGGAAAUCUGAAUGGUGAGUUUUGGCUCGGGCUGGACAAGAUUUAUCGACUAACUAAAGGGCGCAGCAGGCUUUGGGCUGAUCUGGAAGACUUCGACAACCAAACAGCUUACGCUGAAUACGACUCAUUUGGUGUUGGUGAUGAACAGAGCAAGUACAAGCUGGAACGUCUUGGACAAUAUGCUUUUAAGACACAACACCAUAGUUAAAAAUUGAAAGAAAUAAUAAUGUUCCACGCCGUCGUAAGGUCAGUGCAGUAAUUUACAUGUUUAUACGAUUUAUGGGCGCGAUCUGUCAGCCCACGUGCACGCUACUUUUUUUGGGCAAACCUUUCUAUCAAAUGAAAAUGAGUCUGAGUAUUAUGUGGAUGGACUGUAUAUUGUAUGUAAAACUGAAAGUUAAAAAAUUUAUUUCUCAAUCCCUCACUUUUCCAAUUUUAAGGAGCACUAGCUUCAGCUACGUGCUCACUAACUCGUGAAUUGUCAUAAUAACAGCCAGCAUUUCUCGAAUAAUGUUCCAACAAGACAGAAUAAUCGGUCAGAGGAGCAAUCUUGGCCGAGAUAUGUGAUUUUCACUAAGGUUAUAUUUAGAGGCUGUGAUUAAACGGAAAUCUAGUUCCUGGAACGUUCGCACAUUUAAAUCAAUUGUUAAUUAAAACGUCACCAAGUCCACGAGAAUUAAGGCCCGGUACAGCCUCAUACACUGAGCAUUUUUAUCCAUCGAUUUGAAAAAGCUAUUGAAAGUGGGUCAAAACAAAAGCGCAUAGGGUGGAUGGUCGAAAACCGUCGAAAACGCAUCAAAAUGAAAACGAUGGCGUCAUAUGUACCACGUAGGUCGUAAAAUAUCGCAUGGGCGUGUAUUUGUGGCAUGCCCAUUGGGUUCAAAUUACGUCACAACGUGCAAUUCUAUCGUUUAGUGAACGUUUUAGUGUGGACAGUCAAAAACACAUCAAAACGGUAGUUAGGGUUAGGAAUCGAUCGAUGCGUUAUCGUUGGCAACUAAAACGCCUAAUUUUGAAAACGNAAUUUACAUGUUUAUACGAUUUAUGGGCGCGAUCUGUCAGCCCACGUGCACGCUACUUUUUUUGGGCAAACCUUUCUAUCAAAUGAAAAUGAGUCUGAGUAUUAUGUGGAUGGACUGUAUAUUGUAUGUAAAACUGAAAGUUAAAAAAUUUAUUUCUCAAUCCCUCACUUUUCCAAUUUUAAGGAGCACUAGCUUCAGCUACGUGCUCACUAACUCGUGAAUUGUCAUAAUAACAGCCAGCAUUUCUCGAAUAAUGUUCCAACAAGACAGAAUAAUCGGUCAGAGGAGCAAUCUUGGCCGAGAUAUGUGAUUUUCACUAAGGUUAUAUUUAGAGGCUGUGAUUAAACGGAAAUCUAGUUCCUGGAACGUUCGCACAUUUAAAUCAAUUGUUAAUUAAAACGUCACCAAGUCCACGAGAAUUAAGGCCCGGUACAGCCUCAUACACUGAGCAUUUUUAUCCAUCGAUUUGAAAAAGCUAUUGAAAGUGGGUCAAAACAAAAGCGCAUAGGGUGGAUGGUCGAAAACCGUCGAAAACGCAUCAAAAUGAAAACGAUGGCGUCAUAUGUACCACGUAGGUCGUAAAAUAUCGCAUGGGCGUGUAUUUGUGGCAUGCCCAUUGGGUUCAAAUUACGUCACAACGUGCAAUUCUAUCGUUUAGUGAACGUUUUAGUGUGGACAGUCAAAAACACAUCAAAACGGUAGUUAGGGUUAGGAAUCGAUCGAUGCGUUAUCGUUGGCAACUAAAACGCCUAAUUUUGAAAACGCAUUAGUGUGAACAGGGCCUUAUUGCCACACACCAAGAGAGCAUAAUAACCCCGACUCUAUCUGACAAUACUGAAUAAAAGUUUGCGACCUCUCCAGAAACCAACUUCCGAUAAAUUUCAAGCGUUUAAUUGGUGUAAAAAUAAUUAAGUGAAAUUCACAUAUUCCAAGGGCGAGAAUGGGUGUUUCCCUCUCUGUUCCAUUCUCCUCGUUCCAAGACUCGAGCUGAGAACUAUCUUCCCAACGAAGUAUAUUCAAGUGUCAAUUGUAUUUAGGUCAAAAGUGCUAACUGAGGACACUCCCACUGGAGACUGAACUGCCUCGGAGGGUCAAGCCGCUUGCAAAGCAAGACCUUGAGAAAUUGUCCGAUCCAGGUUUCGAACCUGUAAUCUCCGCUGUUGCAGUCAAGUGCUAUACCGAAACAGGGAGCUAGUCCUUUCACGGUCGACUUGGUUUAUUGUUCACCCGUUCACUGUUUUUUACAAGGAAAAAUGACGCCACGUCAAUGUUGAAAUAAAAUAACUAAAGAUCUAGCAGUGUGACAGAGUGGAUACUAGUAGACUGUAGCAUACGUUCACAAUGCGCAAUUUUUAAGGGUAGGAAUGCCCAUUUUACUUAUUUAGAGUACUCUUUCACUUUCCUCCCAAAUCGUUUAAAGAAAGGUUAUUUUGAACUAUUACAAAAAAUGUACAGUAAGAAAUGAGAUUUGUGUUAAUCAUUUUUAGGAACUGCUGGUGACUCUCUUACAUGGCAUCGAAAUAUGUCAUUCUCCACUAAAGAUCAAGACAAUGACCAAGCUUCGGGCACGAGCUGUGCCAUUUUAUAUGAGGGAGCCUGGUGA